AUCGAUUGAUUGAUUGUUUAUAAAUAAAUAAAUAAAUGCAGGAAGUUUGUUUACAACAAGUGAUUUGAAUGAAUGUUGAGCAGAUUAUUUCAAAUGAUGUCUGUGUCUGAAGAACAACUUGCAUUCUAUACGUAAUAGUGCAAUUAAUUUAUUUAGCAAUAAAACCCUCAAAAAGAUAAACGCAGCGCAGUCAUGGUUUCAUUUUAUUUUAGCUUUGAUCAGCGAGUCUGUAACAAUCUAUAACACACAUUCUACAUAAACUAUAAACAGUUUAAUUACAUUAUAAAAACGAUUCAGUGAAAUGAAUCAUGCCUUGUUUCUCAGUGUUUUUUGUGAUGGACAGAUAUAAAAUGAUGAUUGUUGGUAAUAUGAAUGUUAAUAUCGUCCAAUGCCAUGUCUCCUCUUGAGGAGUUGAUAACAUUACACAGGUUACCUGUUACCUGAGACACAGUGUGUAUUGUUAUAUAUUACAUUAUAUUCAUCAUAUAUAUCUGUGUGUCAUUCUUGUCCCUCAGGUGUGACGGGACUCGUCCACCUGGACGAGAACGGAGACAGAGAGACGGACUUCGCUCUGUGGGACAUGAUCGACACCAACACCAGCACAUUCCAGAUAGUUUUGGUGUACAACAGCUCAGAGGAGCAGCUGACUGCCACACCUGGAACAACGCUGCACUGGCCGGGUGGAGUUAUACCUCCAGAUGUUCCCGUCUGCGGCUUCAAGAAUGACAACCCCGUCUGCCUCACAAAGACGGUCACCAUCCACCAGAUGGUUUCCAUCGUGGUCUUCUUCAUCUUCACAAUGACCCUCACCGUCACCAUCUUCAUCUACAGGAAGAUGAAGUUAGAGAAGGAGCUGGUGGCUCAGCUCUGGAGGAUGUCCUGGGACGACAUCCAGAUGAGUAACCUGGACAAGGUGCUGCGCAGCGGCAGCAGGAUCACACUGUCACUGAGAGGCUCAAACUACGGCUCUCUGAUGACUGGAGACGGAAACCUGCAGGUUUUUGCAAAGACCGGAUACUACAAGGGAAACAUCGUCGCCAUUAAAUACACCAACAAGAAGCGCAUCGAGCUGAACAGGACGGUGCUGUUUGAACUCAAGCAUAUGAGAGACGUUCAGAACGAACAUCUGACCCGCUUCAUCGGAGCCUGCAUCGACCCUCCAGACACCUGUAUCAUCACAGAGUACUGUCCCAGAGGGAGUCUGCAGGUACACCUGUCUCUCUGUCUGUCUCUCUGUCUGUCUGUCUCUCUGU